AUGCGGGUCUUAUCUCGUAUUCCCACUGAUGGAACCUUCAAUCAAGAAGGUCCACUCCACCGUCUUAGCAGCUUUAAGCCAUUGGAUGUUUUAUCCCUCGACCUCUCAGCUGCAACAGAUAGGUGGCCGGUUGCAGUCCUAACGGCGUUAUUCACGCGCUUAUUCGGACGAGCCACGGCACUAUGCGUUGUUAAUGGGACUCUAUGGUGGAACGUAUUUCGUACUCAUCGCCCUUUAUUAAAUAAAGCGAGGUACUUAGCAUUCUCUGCCGGCCAGCCCCUUGGAUACUACGGCUCUUGGGCCCUCUUCAGUCUCUCACACCAUUACAUGGUGUGGUUGGCUGCGUUAUUAGCUUACCCAAGGGGAAAGGCACCUUUUCGAAAGUACGCCCUUCUCGGCGAUGAUAUUGUAAUCGCCGACAGGGCUGUGGCUGAGAAGUAUAAAGCUCUGCUUGAAAUUCUUGAUGUCUCAAUAUCUGAGUCUAAGUCAAUUGACUCUAAAAGUGGGGCAGUAGAGUUUGCUAAGCAGUUCUGGGUAGAUCGAAUUUCUAUUAAUUUGACUCCAGUAUCUGCGAAAGCUAUGCUUGCAUCUUCAUCACUUAUUGGGCUCUGCCAGUUGGCUGAAAAGUAUGGCUUAACAAGGUCAUGUCUGAUUAGGUUGGCUGGUGCGGGUUACCGAGUCCGUGGUCGUAUACUCUCCAGAAAUCUUUCGAGACGAUGGAAACGGUUACGUGUUGUAGCGGAUAAGUGCCUUUCUUAUUAUCGGUUACCUUUAGAUCUGUGGUUGGGUGGGGGAAACCCUCUUAAUCCUUAUUUGAAGGGGAUCAUAAUCGAGAAGGUGCGGUGUAAGUCAAAGCCUAAGCAAUUAGUCUUGCCACCUAAGCAGCACUUAUGGUAUGCCAGCGAGUAA